ACUAGCACUUCCGCACUGUAGGCAAACUGCAAUCUUUUUCAAGACGAUUCUAGAUUGAAAAGUAGAUUCAUGUAAAGUGAUUUUACCGAGACAGUUUUCGAGGCGUGAUUUUCCUAUUGACAAUAGACGAUAGGUGAAUGUUUUCUCUAGCGCUGAAAUAUAGUAAUGCUGUUGUCUUUACAUUCGGGACACUGGUAAAAUAUGGCCACUGUUUUAGAGCCGCAUCUAGAUUCCCGUGAUGAAGAGAAAGAACGCCGAGUAGACAUAAUAUGCGCUUGCUUGAUCGUUUCACUAAAACAAUGAAUGACGCCUAGCUGUGUUUCUGUUUGAUCCAAAUGGAGUGACAUCAUUUUUUCUGAAUAUUUAUCAAACAUCAGUUUGUCUUCUGACGAUUAGGCUCCGCGUCUGCUGUCAACCAUGUCUCCGCACAGCAGCAUAAUAAUAGGCCUAAGAAUAAUAAUCCUACUAUAUUAUCAAUUGAGAUUGUUUUACGGCUUGAUAUGUUUCAGUUUUCAUAUUGAUCUCUUAUAAUAUCAGCAUUAUUGAUUGUUCAAAGAUUUAUUUGAUAAUAACGAAAAUAUUAUGUCAUGAUUUUCUAUUUGGGUAUGGUACACUUCACAUUACACUGAUAGUCAUUGCUCAGAAACAUAAAUUAAUGUUGCACUCUCUUAUCAUCAUGCUUGACCCUUAUAAUGUAGUUUGAGCCGUUUUGAUGUCUUAAGCCUUUAUAAUGACAUAUUAUGUCUAUCUAGGACAUUUUCAACUGCCUCAAGCUGGCUGUUAUUAAAUCAGGGCCUGCAGGCAGCUGCAGGAAGCCACAAUGUCCAUGGCCCAGCAGCAGAACCAGGUGAUCCUCCAGUUCCGCUUCGGAACCUUCGGAGACUCUAUGCUGCAGAAGAUGAACCUGCUUCGCCGCCAGACCCGCUUCUGUGAUGUCACCGUGCGUAUCAAUGACCUGGAGGUCCCCGGACACAAGGUGGUGUUGGCUGCCGGUUCUCCCUUCCUCCGGGACCAGUUCUUUCUUCAGGACUCGUCCACAAGGGAGGUCCAGAUCUCCAUGACCCAGGAGGCAGAGGUGGGCCAGCGGCUGCUGCUGUCCUGCUACACAGGCACCCUGGAGCUGCCUGAGCUGGAGCUGGUCAACUACCUAACUGUGGCCAGCUUCCUCCAGAUGGGCCACGUGGUGGAGCAGUGCACCCAGGCUCUAAAGAAGUUCAUCCAGCCACGACACUGCCAAGUGAAACAGCAACCUCAGGAGGAGGAAGGAGAUGGAGAGACUCUCAGAGCCUCUCCCAUCCAGAAAAUACAGGAGCUGCCCCAUGCCCAGGUAAUAAAUCAUGAGGAGGAGGAUGAUGAAGAUGAUGAUGUGAUAAUUCAGCCGAUGACCCCUACCCAGAGGCGAGACAGGGGUGAGGGCGAGGAGAGCCCCAUCACCAUCGUAAAGGUGGAGGCCAUUUGUGAGCGGGUGUCGGAGAUGUCUGAACGCUCCUCUGCCUCCAUUGCAGGGUGCUUCCACACCAGCCCCCCAUCGUCAUUACACUCCCCUGAGCCCCAGCACUCCCUAAUCAACUCCACCGUGGACACCCGGGCUGGUGAGAUGACCAUACCACAUAUGCCAGGAUACCCGCUCAGCCCCCCCCCACUACCCACCUCAGCCACAGGGAGACCUAAUCUGGGGGGGCACCUACGAAACUCAGACAAAUCUCUUCAGUGGUACCACCAGUGCCCAAAGUGUGCCCGUGUGUUCCGCCAGCUAGAGAACUACGCCAACCACCUCAAGAUGCACAAGCUGUUCAUGUGCCUGCUGUGUGGAAAGACGUUCACCCAGAAGGGUAACCUGCACCGGCACAUGCGGGUCCACGCUGGCAUCAAGCCCUUUCAAUGCAACAUAUGUGGCAAGACCUUCACUCAGAAAUGCUCUCUCCUGGACCACCAGAACUUACACAGUGGAGACAAGCCCCAUCGCUGUAACUACUGCGACAUGGUGUUCGCACACAAGCCCGUGCUCCGCAAACAUCUCAAACAAAUCCACGGCAAGAACAGCUUUGACAACGCCAACGAGCGGAGUCUACUACAUGACGGGGUUCUUGAUUUUGAGUACGGGCGUAUGCAGGACUGUAGCAUGGACAAUAGCAUGGACAAUAAGCCUGUUGUUUUGGAUGACUCUCUUUAGUGCUGUAUCACGUUUCAUUUCUGCUGAGUCAUAAAUUAAUAGAUGCGUAGUAGUGUUAGCUGAAUUGUAAACCGUAUCGUACGGUACUUGAAGGUACAACACUGAAUAUUAGAAUAAAAGUUACUGUAGACGUGUAUACAGUAUGUGUUCAUAUUUUAUAACAAUGUUAAUUUAGUGAAUGAGUUAACAUGAUAUUUAAAAAGCUGCCCUGGUUGUGUGGUGUCAUUUUUGUAAUACAUGUAAAUGCAUAUUUUAUUUAUGAAUAGACAACAGAAUGUGAAUCUGUUAGAUUUUUUUAUCAGAUUAAAAUAGCAAGCUUUAAAAAUGUGUAAUGCUGACAUUUCUGUUAAGUCACAACAAGUGUUCUUAAGUGAAAUGAGUGCCAAAAAUAUUACUGACAUGAUUUCUCCUCAGGAGGAUUGUUUUGGCUAAGGUAGCCCACAGUAGGACCAAAGUGAUGAUAGUGUGUCUUUAAAACAUAAUAUGUUAUUAUUGUCGAUUAAGCCUGUUUUGGAAAUGGGUAGACAAUAAAUGCUUGUAUCUUGUAUGAGGAUGUGAUGUGGGUGAGAAUGAUGAGAAUGUUGUGUUUCUACCAUAUCAGAGGAGCAGACACCUAACAGGAAAACAAUGAGUCCCACAUUACUUUAAGUGACCCUAAAAGCUGAUCUAUUUGCAAUGUUAUUAGAUUGGUAGGUACAGGUUAAUUACAGUGUGUGUACACAUUGAUACGUAGUAUGGGUAGUUUGGGCCCAACUGUCAAUUAGAAUUUAUUUGCAAACCUAAUUGAUAGCCUACAAAGUCCAAACAGCUAUAGUUAGCUGUGCAACAAUGUAAGUACUAUGCAACAAUGUGUAUCUACACUGUAAUUACACUGUACCUGUCAAUGUAACCACCAUGUAAAACUAGUAUAUAUAUAUUUUUCAGCACAAUGGAACCAAACAAGUUACUGUAGUCAGCCUGUAACCCCAAAAGCAUUACUAUGCUUCCAACAGCAGAUGGAGCCAUUGUAUACCAUGUAAUCUCACAACAUGAUGCGCUGUCUUUUGUAUUCUCUGAGAACACUACAUAUAAGUUACCCAUUGUUGUGGUUGUAUUACUGAUCUUACAGUACUGUAAUUCAAGAUUGUAAGAGGAUUUACAUUGAUGACCAUUCCCCAUGCCACAGCAUCAGGGUUAUUAUAAUAUAGUAAAUUAAUGUUUACACGUGUCUUUUUAUCUGCUCUAUUUAGAUAUCAAUAUACUAUUGUACUUCAUACCAUGCCUUAUGAAUAUACGUAUUCACUGUCACACUGAUCUCUGUUUUAUUUACAUAGAUAUCAAAUUAAGGGGCCACAUCAGUUGAUUGACUACUUGACUGGUUACAAGUAACCUACAGACAGUUCUAUAUGCAUAUUGAGUGCAGUCUAGCCUGCGCAGAUUACAAGAUCAUUAUACUGUAUCAUAUUGAUGGCAUUUCUGAGAAGGUAAACACAUCACCAGGGAUUACAAAUAUCUACAAAUCUGAGCAGGCCUGCACAGAGUAUGUCUGUAAAUCUGGAAUACGCCCUCUGUGUGUGUGCAGGUGCGGUGGUGCAUGGACGCAUGGUCUGGUGCAGCUGGCAUGUCUUCCUGCGCCUAGCCCAAUCACUCAGGCAGACAGGAUCUGCUUGGCUGAAACUCUGCAGCUCCGCUGUGCAGCCAGUCACAAUCCUGACUCUUGGCUCACUCACAAUUACUGUAGUCAGCUCACAUGGCUAACUGGGUUUGCUCAUUGUUGUUAAGUCUCCUCCCGCUCCGGCGCUCAACGUCACCGGUCUACUAUCCACCGGUUCUGGCAACCCAUCUUUACGCACACCUGGCAACCAUCAUUACGCACACCUGGCAACCAUCAUUACGCACACCUGCAAAGUCUGUGCAGGACUUCAUUACUUACAAUUUAUCUAGCACUGUUUUGUCAGUCAUCAGGUAGUAUUGUUUGUGUGAGACGCUUCUUGUUUUGUAUCAUUCCAUGUUCGUUAUCAUUAAACUCACUAACUGCACCUGC